UCUUUUGUUAAGAUAGUGACGAGAAGAUGAACAUGAUGUUACACUCUUGUACACAAGGGGGCGGUAUUUAUUCUAGAGUCAUUAUUUUAUCCUGAGGGAAACCAAUCAGAGGUGGAACUUCCGCCCGUAUUCGGCAUAAACAGGAAGUGUCGUUACACUCCGCAACCGCCAGUAACUCGUGAAAACUCGUCCAUGAAGCGUCUGCGGUGACAGUUUUCCAUCUUGUUUUUAAUCCAUUUUUCAACAAACAAUGGUUUUUUUACCAUGGUGACGUGAACGUGCCGCAAGGGGAUUUUGUCGCGAUCGCGUGUACGUUUGUUUGUGCACGUGACGUCACGCGGCGUCUUCCGGGACCUGCUCGGCAGCCAUUACUGUUGGCGGUUUGUUUUGUUUUUCGUCCUCAGGUGGUUCUGUUGUUGUUGUUGUUGUUGUUGUUGUUGUUGUUUUGGCUAAACUUUCGUCAUGGGCGGGAGAUACUGCUGCGUACAGAGCUGCCGCCGCUGGUCACAUGAUCACCGUGGGUGGAAAAUCCCACACGAACUCACAUUCCACUGUUUCCCCGCCUGGAGGAUGAACGAGGGCGCGGGGAUCUCAGAGCUGACGCGGCGGAGGAGGGCGGCGUGGGUGGCCGCCGUCCGCCACAGCAACAUCACCUUUGACCACAUCCCGUCCUCCAUGAGAGUGUGUUCCAGACACUUCCUGUCCGGUCAGUGAACGCACCACAGGCUUCAGCAGGUAAACCUGCGUACGAAAUGCUGGAGUCUGAUCCAGACUGGGUUCCGUCGCUGCACCUGGGUCAUGGCGUCAGACGCAGCAAGGCAGCAGAGGUCAAGGGUUUCCCACCGUCACCGGCGGCGACAGACCGGAACACAAGAUGGCCGACGGACACCAGACCCUCACAUGUGCCGAGUCACAAGGAAGUGGACGUGGGAGAAGCCCUAGGCUCAGGAUUGGGUCUCUGCUUUUUGCAGAUGAUGUGGUUUCGUUUGCUUCGUCGGGCCGUGAUCUUCAGCUCCAGGAGCCAGACGUGGUGACUUGUGUACCUGGCACACAAACCAGAAGUGGUGCUGAGCGUGAGGCUGGACGUGAGGCUGGACGUCAGGCUGGACGUGAGGCUGGACGUCAGGCUGGACGUCAGGCGGGACGUGAGGCCGGACGUGAGGCUGGACGUCAGGCUGGACGUGAGGCUGGACGUGAGGCUGGACGUCAGGCUGGACGUGAGCCUGGACGUCAGGCUGGACGUCAGGCUUGUCAGGUCCUCCCUCCCUGGAGAGAAGCCAGAGCUCUGCUGUCAGCCCUGCCGGGUAAAACCACCGUCAGUGACCAGGAUCGACGUCCGACUGAGGCGAGGAGGCGCAUCGACUUCAUGGACUUCUUCAGGGACACUUUGGAGGCUUCUCUGGAGGCCAGCAGCAGGUCCACAGCCCCGUCACAGAGACAGAGACAGAGACGGACGUGUGGCUGUUCCUCGCCCUCCUCGCCCCCGCGUGUGAACUAUGUCAAAAUGCAGAAGAGGAUCGAGGAGCUGGAGGAGCAGCUGUUGUAUCUGACAGGACGAGAGCAGGACGCACUGACCUCACCCGUCCCCAACGUGGCUGCUGUCAAACCAAACCAGGACCUGCGGCUGCCCGGCCCCGCCCCCAAAGAAGAAGAGGAGGAGGAAUCUGAGUGGAUGAAGCCGCUGUCUCCUUCUCAGGACGACCUCCACGACAACGAUGAAGACGCAGACCUGGCGAAGGAUGCCUCCUCGUCGAAGCCGGUGCAGUUUCACGCGCCCCCGUCCGAGCCCAGACGUCCGAAUCGUCGCUUCAUCAAGUCCUGGCUCUGCAUGUUCCCGUUCCUCCGUUACUCGCCGACCCGCGACCUGAUGUGGUGCCACGUGUGUCGCCUCUACGCCGACAAACAGUUCCAGAAACUGGGUCUGAUCAAAGGCUCCCGGGUGUUUAAGAUGCAAAAUAUCAGGAAACACAGCGAGAGCAGGUACCACAACGACUCUCUGCACAUUUACGAGCUGCACACGCAAGCCGGCGCCGCUACGUCUGUCGUGGGUUUUUAGCCUGGAGAUCCAGCAGCGUGGAGAGGGGGCAGGACUGCAAGUGGGUGUGGCUACACACAAGGGGCGUGGCUUUACAUUGUCCAAAUCGCACAGAAACCACACGCGAGGUCAACAAAAUAAAAUAAUAAAAGCAGAUGGAUAUCUCGUCUGGCUGGUCGAUGUAACUUCUGAAUAACAUCUGGAUAUUUUUAGUCUUUAUCCUGAUAUGUGAGAUAUAUGUGAAUAUAAAGCUGCACACGCUCUGUCUCUGGACUCAUGAAGAGAUUUCUACACUAAAAAAUAAAAUAUAAUCAAGAACCUAUAAAGGUUUUGAAAUUCACCUGAAUUAGACAUUGAUCAUUGCUGGAUUUUGCUAUGUGACAUAUCUUAUUAGGACCCUUUCAAUCAUAUUCCGUGUGUUAUGUUAUUUUCCUCAGCCAAAUAAACUGGUUAUUACUGUA